AUGGAGGAACAGCUGGACCUGCUUUUCAGCAUCUGUGGCUUGACCAUCUUCUCCAUCGUUGUGUGCACUCUGUCCGCCAUCAUGUGUUGCAUUCAGAUUUUUUCGGUCGACAUUCUCCACGUGCUUUCUCCACCUCGCUCAAGCUCCCUCACGCUGGACUGUACGUCUCCUCCGGACACUUUCUUGCAACACAUGUUGGACCUGGAUGAGUUUGUCCCGCCAGUUCCGCCCCCUCCUUACUACCCCCCCGAGUACACCUGCAGCUCCGAGACGGAUGCCCAGAGCAUUACCUACAACGGUUCCAUGGAUAGCCCGGUACCCCUGUACCCCACUGAUUUUCCUCCAAGUUAUGAAGCUGUUAUGGGGCUCCGUGGAGACAGCCAGGUCAACUACACCAUUGCUUGGAAAUUAGUCCGCCUCGCUCAGGAUACAUUCGAAACCAAAGCAGGGAGUCCCGUAUUCCCGUACGGCGAUCUCCAAAAAUUCUUUGAAGGGAACCCCAAAACUUGA